GCAGUUUCUUAUGUAAUUUUGGAUAUUCCAUGAAUUUAUUGCCUCCUAAUAUGUUACCAAAAUUAUUUGGUGAAUUGACAUGUUUAAGGGCAUUAAGUCUUAAAGAAAAUUAUGUGAUUGAAGAGAUUCCUAAAGAGGUAGGAAAAUUAUUACAUUUGAGAUAUCUUAAUUUGAGUGGCUUAGACAUGAGAAAACUUCCCGAAGCAUUAUGUGGAUUAUAUAAUUUGCAAACUUUAGAUAUUAGUCGGUGUCCUAAACUGGAAGAGUUACCUCAAGGGAUGGAAAAAUUAAUAAACCUAAGGCAUCUACAAAAUGAUGGGAUUGGCUCAUUAAGAUACAUUCCAAAAGGAAUUCAAAGAUUGAGUAAUCUUCGAACCUUAACGUAUUUCGUGGUAAGUGGUAGUAAUGAUGAGAAAACAUGUAGUUUUGAAGGUUUGAAAUACCUUAAUCUCUUUGGAGAGUUGUGUAUAGACAAGUUGAGAAAUGUAUCAAAUGUGGAGGAGGUUAAAACAUCACCGCUUAAGAAUCAUGAAAACCUCGUUGGUUUGACGCUAGAUUUCAAGAAAGAUAUUGAUGGAAGAGAGAGGAGAAAUGAGGAGGAUGAAACACUUCUUGAAAUCCUACAACCAUCUUUAAAUUUGGAGAAAUUAAAGAUAUUGAGGUACAAGGGCAACACUAUUUUGCCCAACUGGAUGAUGUCCUUAACCAAGCUCAAACACUUAACACUUUAUGGUUGUAGUAACUGUAUGCAUUUGCCUCCCUUGGGAGAAUUGCCAUCCCUUGAAUAUUUAGACAUCAUUGAAAUAGAGAGUUUGAAAAGUGUGAGUAAUGAAUUUUUGAGAAAAGAAAAUGACGACACAUCUUCAUCAUCAGUUUUCUUUCCUAAAUUGAAAAGAAUUCAAUUUUUGGGGCUGUUUAAGUGGGAAGAGUGGGAUUACAAGAUUACUAGAAUUGGAAAAGAAGAAGAAGUUAUUACAAUCAUGCCAUCUCUGGUUUCCUUGAGAGUUCACUACUGCCCCAAAUUGAAGGCACUACCAAAACACCUUGAUCAGAAUACAAGAUUGGAAAAAGUUAUCUAUGCUUGUCCUCUGCUAGGCUACCCUGGAUGGGAUCAAUAAGAGAUACCGGAUUGGGUCAAUCAAAUUUUUCCACAAUCAUCCGAACCGUUUCCUGAUUCUCUGGUUAUGGCUGAAGCACUUGUUUCCCGUGUCUUAGAGAGUAGUUGAUUUCAGUUGUUGGUGAAGAAAGCAUACAACAAGAGGUGAGGAUAGUUUUUGGUGUCGACAAAGAAAGAAGUUGAAAAGCUGAGAAGCAAUCUUGAAGCUAUUCGAGCUGUGCUCGUUGAUGCAGAGGCAAGGCAAGGCAAGUGAAGGAGACAACUGUAAGACUUUGGUGGUUAGAUUGGCUCAAACAGGCUUUCUAUGACAUUUAAGACGUGUUGGAUGAGUGGAAUUAUGCUUUGUUGAAACAGCGAAUUGAUCAGGGGGUUAAAAAUGUCCUUAUUCCUAGAAAGAAGAAGAGAUGAUUAACUAGUUAAUUAGCAAUGCUGAGAAUUUCCUAUUCUGUAACUGAUUUUGCUAAGGAGAUUCUCAUGGAGCAAAUUAAGCAAGCGAUUAAGGACCAAUAUUAAUUAUUGUUCAAUAUCAGAAAUUUCACUGGGACCGGUGAAGAUGUGCUACAUCUUUUCAAUUUCACAUUUUCUUGGUGAUGACAUCUGAUGUUUAUUUCUUUUUUCUAUCUUAUUGCUAGGCCUCAAGUUUUGAACCCUUUUUGUUGGGCAGUAUAGUUGUUUUUUUCUUUCUUUGUGGAAUGGAAAAAUUGGAACCAAAUUUUGGACUCAGCAGUUUUUUUCUCUUGUCUGGUGGUUCAAAAAUUCUAGGUGGAUGUAAUAUUUAAAUUUCUCAUGUUGCUAAGAUGUUGCUAUUUGUAGGUUUCGAGUAUUGAAGAACUGGAAAGGCUUGCUAAGUUAGGAAGCAGAGCACAAAAGACAGCGAUAUUCCAAGGAUAGCUCCUACUCGAUUAUUUUGCCAUGUGAUGGGCACACAAGAAUUUAUCCUCUAUUUCAGGGACGGAGUCAGAAAUGAAAGUAAGAGGGUCAAAGUUAGAAAAACAAUGAAAUGUGGGGGUGUCAUGAUCAGAGAAAAGGUCUUUGACACAUAUUUUGGAGAAACUUUGUUUAAAAUCGAUGGAUACAAUGUCAGAUCUUACAGAGCUUGGAAGAACUCCAGUAGCAGUCAUCUCUGCUGGUGUAAAGUCCAUUUUAGAUAUUCCAAGGAUACCAGUUCAUUUCCAAUAUCUGUAAAGUGAUUCACCCGCAAUUAACUUUGUAUCAUGCUGGAAAAAGUUGACAGGCCCAGAAAAAGUGUCUCAGUGUGUCAUUUUGCAUUAAGGAAGGCAGGAAAAAUGGCAUGAGUAGAGCAGCUCAUUCAUGAAGGAGCUUCUCAAACUACAAUGAAUUCUUUCUGUGAAAUCCUUAAAUGACUUAUUGUGAUAGGCAGGUAGAAGAUGCCAUAAAUUGCUGAAGAAUCAAGGUAGAAGAUGCCAUAAUUAAGACAUUUGUUCUCUUUGAACUAACUGAAACCAGGCAUCAAAUUCCCUCUGCUGAAAUUUUUUCUCUACUGGAAAACAUUGACCAGCCAGGAAAUAUCUUAUGUAUCCUCACUUCUUGAAGUCCAACACUUCAUGUUAUCAAAUAGAGGACUAAUGAUGAUACUAGAGUGGUUGAAAGAACUCAAUUACGGGUUGGAUAUUCUUUCUGAAGGCUUCUUUGUUUCUUGAUUUCUUAUUAAUGGUUGCAUAUCAUAGUAUUGUGUUUAUUUCUUUGAUGUUUUUGAAGAAGCUAUCAUCAGAGUUUGUUUCAAUUACUGCAGAGCCAGUUUAUCUUAUUUAUGGAAGAAGAAACUUUGUUGACACACUUGUCAAUAAAAGAUAAUUUGCCUGAUGAAACAAAAAGCUCAUUCUGUUCUUAACAUUUUCCUGGCCCUACCAAUGGAGGACCGAAGUACAUCAUGCGGUGAAGAAAACUUGAUUAAGAUACUUGGCAGCAAAAAGAAAUUCUACAAGAUGAAACAAUUGCUCAAAUCCUGGUCUUACAUUUGCUUGGAUGCAAAUUAAGGAAUGAAUUAAGGGCCAAUAAUAAUAAUUUUUCAAUGUCAAAAAUUUCACUGAGACCCUUGUAACAAACGGCAAAUUUGCCUGACAGAAGAAGUGCUACACUUUUUGGAUUUCACAUUUUCUUGCGAUGGAUAUAUAGUCAGAUCCUACAGAGCUUGGAAGAACUCCAGUAGCAGUCAUCUCCGCUGGUGUAAAGUCCAUUCAGAUAUUCCGAGGACCUUAGAGUACUUGGUACUUACUAGUUCACCUUCGAUAUCUGUAAAGUGAUUCACCUGCAAUUGUGCCUUGUCGUGUCCAUAGCCCACAAGACUGUCCUCGGUUAAUUUUGAUUGCAGAUGCAAACCUGAAACUUGAACGUGGUUCUGGAAUCUUGACUGCUAUUCCAGUACCAAAGGAAUACGCAGCUUCUGCAAAUUUAAUUGAGUCUCCAUUUUUACUGGCCUUUUUAUAAUAUAUUGAAUUCAUCCAUAUAUAUUAUAUUCUUUGUACAUAAUUGGUGUUUUAGCACCAGGACACAGCAGAUGCAUGUGCAACUUUUUUAUUUGUGUUCUGUUGAUCCCUAAAACCUUGAAUGUGGCAUGAUUUUGAUUUGGCCUCCCU